AUGGGGCGGGCAGAGAAAGAGACGCGGGAGAAGGACAAGGAAAGGAAAGAUAAGGAGCGCGAAAAGUCAAAGGAUGGUAAGGUCAAGAAGGACAAACCCAAGGACAAGAAAGCUGAUGAUGAUAGUGAAGAUGACAAGGAGAAGGAGAAGGAGAAGGAUAAGCUUGCGUUUCUAAACGCACUCAAAGGCUUGCGUGAUAAAGACAAAGGGAAAGCCAAGGAGAAGGACCGAAAGAAGAGUAGCUCCAGCCCCAGUCCUCCGCGGAAGGACCGAAAGACCAAGCGGAAGCGAGAACCCAGCAGGUCUAGGGACGACUCCUCCGGCUCCGCGACGCCCCCGCCCCCGAAGAAGGAGGUGCGGGAGCUGGUGACCAGCUCGGGCUUCGGGGCCCCGCUGGCGCUCACCUCCAACGUGGUGCCGGCUGCCGUGGGCGCCAGCGACGUCAUCGGCGUUUUCUGCCGUUCCGCCGGCGCAGAUCAGAACUCGGAGCAAGCUCUGAGAGCGCUGUCGGCCACCCCACUUGCAGCAGCUGGUUAUGGCUGA